AUGUCUGCCUCAUCCGCAUCUCAAAACCAAUCCUCUCUUAAUUCUACCCCCGUCGGUACAACUUUUGGUCCCAAUUCUGGUGUACCAUCUUCAACAGCAACCCCCGGAAUGUCAGUAGGUUCCGCUACGGCAAUGGGUCAUGGUGAUCAUCCAAAAGACAACGCAGACGACAGUAAUGUCAAAUUGCCAAAUUCCAAGGUCGGACCUCAACAAGAAGAUUUGGAUGGAGAGCAAAUGAGAGCAGCGGGAGAAGGAGAAGUAAUGGCUGCCCAAUUCGACAAGAAGAAUGCUGGAUGGGGAGAGGAAGGCAGUUAUACAAGUGAUUUGGAUAGACAAAAGGCAGAGCAAAAGGAGGCUAGAGAGAAGAUCAAGAAUCAACGAGAGAAAGGCGUGGAUGUAGAUGGGGGUGCAGGCGGAAGGCUUGCGAAUGAAUCGUUGGCAUCCGUUUGA